AGUAGUCACACCCUGUGUGUGUUGCCUGCCAGGCACUGUGUUCUCAAGCUACAUGGACAGGGGGAGUGUGACAAGCCAUGACCCCCAGCCUCACGGCGCUGCUCUGCCUGGGGCUGAGUCUGGGCCCCAGGACCCGAGGGCAGGCAGGGACCCUCCCCACCCCCAGGCUCUGGGCUGAGCCAGGACCUGUGAUACCAUGGGGGAAGCCUGUGACCCUCUGGUGUGAGGGGAGCCUGGAGGCCCAGGAGUACCAUGUAGAUUACGAGGGAAUCCCAGUGCCCUGGGACAGACAGGCCCAACUGGAGCCCAGGAACAAGGCCAAGUUCUUCAUAGGAUCCAUGACACAGCACUAUGCAGGGCGAUAUCACUGUUACUAUCGCAGCCCUGCUGGCUGGUCAGAGCGCAGUGAGCCCCUGGAGCUGGUGGUGACAGGAGCCUACAGCAAACCCAGCCUCUCAGCCCUGCCCAGCCCUGCAGUGACCUCAGGAGGGACCGUGACCCUCCAGUGUGGCUCAUGGCUAAGAUUUGGCAAGUUCCUUCUGACUCAGGAAGGAGAAGAUGGGCUCUCCUGGACCCUGGACUCACAGCGAGGCCCCAGUGGGCAGUUCCAGGCCCUGUUCCCUGUGGGCCCUGUGACCGCUGGCCACAGGUGGAUGUUCAGAUGCUACGGCUAUGACAGGAACAAUCCCCAGGUGUGGUCGGAGCCCAGUGACACCCUGGAGCUCCUGGUCUCAGGAUUCUCUGGGGGCCCCAUCCCCCCACUCUCAGGACCCAGCCCUGCAGCAGCCCACCCAGGAGGGCCUGAGGAUCAGCCACGCAGCCCCCCAAAGUCAGGAAAACAGGCUGGCUACGGUGAGUGAGGGCUCUGCUGGGGGAAGGGGUCCGGUGGCAGGGGCUGAGCUGUGAGGCCGCUGCAGCCUCCCUGGACAUGCUGCCUUGGGCCAGGCCCGCCAGUGUGGACCUCAGUUUCUCCAGGUGCAAGGGAGGGGCCUGGCCCUGACCUUCAAGUUCCUCCCAGUGCUGACCUUGCUGUGACCUUUUGGAAGGGAGGCCUCCCAGGGAAGCCUCCAGGACCCCACCCUGCACAGUCUGUAGGGAGCAGGAAAAAGGACGACACCAGAGACCCCUGCAGCCGGUCCUGGCCUCCUGUGAGCCACUAUAACACAAAGCUAAUAUGAAUAAAGAAGAAAGAAGACAUAGAGAGAGAGCUGGGUCUUGGGGCUGAUCGGGGCUGCUUUGGGCAGCAAAGACAAAGGCCCCCAAGGACAGCCAGGAUUUACUGGUUACAAGCAUGGGAAGAAAGUGAGCAGGGUAUGUUUUGAAGACAUCUAAUGAUAUAAGGCCAAACAUCUGGCAUGAUGGCACCAAGCAGGGCUGUAAGGGAGGAGACACUGCUAUCUUGCUUGGAUAGCACAAACUGAUAUUGGGACCAGGUGCAAUUAGCAAGCAACCCAUCAGGUCAGUGAGAAGCCAUAAUUCAGGGGAAAGGAUUUUAAUUGGGGUCACACUGACCUCAGUUGCACAUAACUGGGCAGAGUCCUGCCACUUCACAGACCAGGACUUAGGCCUCUAUGGCAGCCAUUUGGGGAGGGGCUAUACUCACUCAGUCUGCUAUCUGACAUGCCCAUUUGAGUCACAUAGAGCUUCAGUCUGACUCCUGAUAUAAACAAUGCAGCUGACUGAUGGAAAGCAAGAAGCAGGUGCCACUCACCCCAGUAGUGCUGGGUGGGGUCAUCUGCUACAGUGGUCCUGUGCCCUCUGUGCAGUGCCAGUGACAUUGUGCGGGGAGGGGCGCGGGGCCACAGCAGGCAUCAGGCUCCUUCCCUCCAGCUCAGCUCUGGGGAGAACAGGGGUGGAAGGCAGACUCCCGGGUUCAGUCCCCAGCUCUGCCACUUCCUGCUGGAUGACCUAGAGCAGCUGAUUCCCCUCUCUGAGCCUGUUUCCUCAUCUGUAAAAGCCUGGGUGAGGGUGGCAAGGACACACUGCAGGACUGAGUUUGAGCUGAGGAAUGCAAAGACCCAGCAUGUGCCUGGCACAUAGUAAACCUCACUGAGUGGUGUUGCGCCUCACUCACAAAUUCAU